AUGAGAACAGCACAGAGCAGGCAAAAGAGUUAUGUUGAUCGACAUAGGAGACCCUUGGAGUUUCUGGAGGAUGAACGUGUAUUCUUGAGAGUGAUGCCUACUACUGGAGUUGGUCCAGUGGCGUAUCAAAUUGCUUUACCACCGAAUUUAGCUAAUUUACAUGAUGUGUUCCAUGUAUCACAAUUGAGGAAGUACAUUGCAGAUCCAUCCCAUAUUAUUGCGCCAGAUGAUAUUCAAUUGAAGGAGAAUUUUACUUUCGAGGUCCCACCGAUAAGCAUCGCCGACAGAACUACCAAACAUUUGAGGGGAAAGGAAAUUCCAUUGGUUAAGGUGAUUUGGAACCAGACAACUGGGGAUGCUACUUGGGAGUUGGAAGAGAAGAUAAGAGAGCUUUACCCAUACCUUUUAGAGACCUCUUAG